CAGAAAUUCGAAUCAGUCAACGAUCGAGUGGGAGCUGGAUGAUUUAUAAACUGUGCUACAUGAAAGUUGACGAUUCGAGUUUCCUACACGAUAAAGAAAAUUUUUCGCUGUGAAUCACCAUUACCGAGCGUUCCUUAUACGAUAUGGUGUCGUUGAGACAAUUUCGCAUAGUAUUCAACAAUGAAGACGCCACAUAUGAGCCCGGUGAAGUUGUCGGAGGAAAAAUUAUCGUAGAGACGACAAAAGAUAAGUAUACUAAAGGACUAUAUUUCAUUGUAAACGGAACAGCAUUUGUUCAUUGGUUGGAACAUAAUGUACGAGAUGAGUCAAGGUCGCACAGCUUUGCCAGCACACAGGAAUACUUCUCUUUCAAGCGAGAAAUACUCAGUGAGAGAAGUAGUAAAGCAGGGCAUACAAUCCCCUACGGACUUAACGAGUUUACAUUUAGCUUCAGAUUGCCCCAUAAAAUACCAUGCAGCUUUGAAAACCGGGUUGGGUACGUAAGAUACACGAUAAAAGCCGUGAUCGAUAGACCAUGGAAGUUCAAUCACGAAUGCAAAGCAGCUUUCAGCGUAGUUUCGCGUUUAGAUUUGAACCUUUAUCGUGAAAAAUGCUUGGCAAUCCACGAUGAAAUGAACAAGAAUUUCAAUUGCAUAUGCUGGAUCGCGCAAGGCUCGAUGAGUAUACAGAUCCUGGUGCCCUGCUCUGGAUACGUACCAGGGCAGGUAAUAACUAUAACGAUACGUUACACGAGUACCCCGAAUAUACCGAUUACGAAACUCAGCACAAAAUUAUUACGAACAGUCCAUUUUCACUCGCCAAAUAAUACACUGAUUCAUACAAAUGUAUUAAAAAAAAAUAAGCAUAUGCCACCAUUUCCGCUAAAUGGGCACAUAGUAUCGGAGCUUUUAAUACCGCCAAUACCACCCUCUAAUCUUUAUCAUUGUGACGUAAUAGAUUUAGAGUACGAGUUGGUCGUCUCCUUUCACGUUUCGAGUCCGUAUUGUAAAAUUAAGAGAAUUUACCCUCUUAUGAUCGGAACGGUACCAUUAUAUCGUCCAGCUUUGACAUUUCUGCAUGGCGUCGUAUCCCGCUCUGCAAUGUCAUGUAUGACACAGCCACCUAUAAUACCAUAUCCACCAUCGAUGUUAGGGCAAUCGACUGAAUCAAAUAUUUCGAUACAAAAUCGAAAAAUUUCUACGAUUCACAUGGAUAUACCAUCACCAUGCUACGAAGAAGGUUUCUCUAGUACUCCACACAUUAAAGAUAUGCAUGAAACGGAUUACGUAUUCGGUGUGAAUAAUUCUUUCUCGCCUAAGUAUCCUGUGUACAACUAUCCAGCACCAAGGCUACCCAAUGAAAAUUUAUAGGAACUACGUGUCUAAUUCGUUCGAUACAUAACAAAAUUCACCAACAGGUGAAAAGCUACGUUCAAGUUUCUGUAUAUGUUUGAUACAAUUUAUUAACUGAUUUUUACUAUUUUAUAUGUAUGAUUAUAUACACAUUUGGACUAUAUUCGCAAACAUAUAAAUAUACUUUUCAUGACAAAAGAA